GGUGGAAGAACCGGGGGACGCGCAGAUAGAGACCUGUAUUGUAGCCACACAACCCGAAAGCAUGAGGACCGUUCUGACCGUCUUCCUUGUCUGCACUGGCGUCGUGAGCGCUCUACGGCUGGACCAAUGUGAGCUUCCAGCAGUGGAAGGACCGUGCCGAGCGGCUUUGCCAAGGUUCUUCUACAAUGCAGCCACAGCCGAUUGUGAAGAGUUCAACUAUGGCGGCUGUGGAGGCAACGCAAACAGAUUCCAGACCUACUACGAAUGUGCGGCUACCUGCGCGGAACACUUGCCCACACCCCAGUAUGAAGCGCGCCUUGAAGAGGACACGGACAGCGUUUACUCUACGCUGAAGAAACCUUACAAGGGCGUUGACUUCGAAGUGGGUUGUCGACCAGCGCCAGAGUCUGGAAUCUGUCUGGCAUAUUUCGAACGGUGGUUUUACAACGUCAAAACGGGACGCUGUGAGACAUUCGUCUAUGGUGGAUGCGGAGGAAACAAGAACAACUACGAGACGCCGGCUGAGUGCGAGGUCGCUUGUCUGCGUUUCUAGCGGGUCGCCGCCUUCGUCACGACAAUGUCAAGUGCUCGGGGGAACGUCAACGUCGCUGUGACAUGUUGCUCGCCGAUUCAUGGAUUGGUCAGCCAUUGAUGGUCCAUUGAUGCUUUAAACGUGUAAUAAAGGCUAUAAUGUUCUC